AUGUCUUCUAUCAACUCUGAAUUUGAUAAUCCUGCAAGUCCAUUUUACUUACAUCCUAGUGAAAACCCAUCUUUAGUUUUAGUUUCUCCUUUACUGAAUGAUCAAAAUUAUCAUUCAUGGGCAAGAUCCAUGAAAAUGUGUUUGAUGUCUAAGAACAAACUCAAGUUUGUCAAUGGAAGUAUUUCUGUUCCAGCAAGAGAAGACCCAAUUUAUGCUAUUUGGGAGCGAUGCAAUACAAUGUUACUUUCUUGGAUACUUAGAUCUUUAUCCCCCUCUAUAGCACAAAGUAUUCUUUGGAUUGAUACAGCUUUGGAAGCUUGGAAAGAUCUGUUUGAUCGUUUUUCGCAAGGUAAUGCAAUUCGUAUAUCUGAUCUUCAAGAAGAAAUAUAUGUUUUUAAACAAAAUAAUUUGUCAGUUACAGAUUAUUUCACUCAAUUGAAGAUUUUAUGGGAUGAAUAUAUGAAUUUGAGGUUUGUUCCAACUUGCACUUGUAAUCCUCAGUGCAGUUGUGAAGCUUUAAAGAUUGUUAAGAGACAGCAAGAAGGAGAUUAUAUAAUUCGUUUUUUAAAGGGUUUAACAGAAAACUUUGCAACUGUUAGGACUCAAAUUUUAAUGGUUGAUCCUUUACCAAAGAUUAAUAAGGUGUUUUCUUUGGUGUUACAACAUGAAAGACAAAUUGGGAUAGGUUUUUCAGAUUCUUUGUCUGCUUUACAAAUUGCUGAACCUGCAGUUUUUGCAACUCAGGGAAAUUCUAAUUUUCAGAAAAGACCAUCUAAUGGGAAUUUUGGUAAUAAUAGGCCUUAUGGAAAUAGAUCUUCUGGUUACAACAAUAGACCUGGAAAUUUUGCUGGAAAUAGGUCAUAUGUGGAUAGAUCUUCUGGAAUAGAUAAACCAAUGUGUACAUUUUGUGGAUUUAGUGGACAUACUGUGGAAAUUUGCUUUAAAAAGCAUGGUUAUCCACCUGGUUACAAGCCUAGACCUAGAGUGCAGGGUUAUGUAAAUCAGGUAGGAGAAUUUGUUGCUGAAAAUGAACAAGACAGGUUUUAUAGUGAUCAAGAACAAAUGUGUUAUAAUGAGGAUGAAUUCAUUGAAAAUGAGAAGGCAGAAAGGGGUUUUACUCAAAAUCAAGAACAGAAUGUUCAUAAAGAAGAGGUACCUGUCUUUACACAAGAGCAGUACAAGCAACUCAUGAGCAUGCUUCAACAUAAUGCUUCAACUAGUGGUCACAAGGUUAAUACAGUGUCAACAAAUUUUGUUCCUAUUUCAGCACCAACAGACCAUGAUUCUGGUGUGCAUUUUUCUGCUUCUACUUCUGCUUUUAUUAGUUCUAAAAAUGAUUGUUGGAUCAUAGAUUCAGGAGCUACUGACCACAUUGAUGUUAUCAAUUGGAAGAUGAUUGGAUUAGCUAGGAAGAUGAUAGGGGUAGAAAUACCCCUAUAUUUAGGUAUACUUUUGAUACGGAAAAUGUGCAAGUAUGGCGUAAUUUGGAGUGAUUUUGAUGAUAUUCAGAGAUUGCAAGAGGUCGAAGUGGAGCAUGGGAGAAUCGAGGAGUAG